AUGUGCCUGCAGCCCCCAGGACCGUUAACAGCAGCAGAUGUGUCACUCCUUUCUCUUGCAGGGCAUAUACCCUGUGGCCUCAUCUGCCACCCUGAUAAGGAGCAUGUUCUUUAUCCCCUGGGAUGUACUGUUGUUAUUCAAGACGUGGAUAGGAAGAAACAGCUUUUCUUGCACGGCCACACCAACAAUGUCUCCUGCGUCGCGUUGUCAAGGAACGGGGUGUACGUGGCUUCUGGAGAAGUCACCUGCAUAAGCUUCAAGGCAGACAUCAUUCUGUGGGAUUUCCAGAAGAAGGAAUUACUGGCUCGGCUGACACUGCAUAAGGGUAAAGUUGAAGGAUUAGCGUUUUCACCAAACAGCCUGUAUCUGGUGUCACUGGGAGGCCAGGAUGACAGCAGCGUGGUCGUGUGGCACGUGGGUAGGAGAGAGGCUGUCUGCGGGAGCCCUGCCUCGGCACGCAGCGCGGGGAGUGCGACCGUCGUGGCAUGCUCCAGCUGCAGAGACGAGAUAUUUGUUACUGCUGGGAAUGGAACCAUUCGAGUAUGGGAACUGGAUCUAGCAAAUAGGAAAAUCCAACCAAAUGAAUGUCAGACAGGGCACCUGAGAAGAGUGAUCACAUGUGUUAUGAUGGCAGAUAAUGAUAAUUAUUUUUAUGUGGGCACAUCAAGUGGCGAUGUCCUGAAAGUGAAUACAAACAACAAGCUGAUGACUGACCAUGGGCCUCAGAAGGAGAAAUUCAGCUCGGGAAUCACAGCUUUGCUUUUGCUGAACACAGGAGAUUUAAUAGUCGGCACCGGAAGAGGGAUUGUAGCGCUCUGUAAAGGCUCAAACUACAAAGUAAUGAAGAAGAUUCAAGUUCACGGUGCUGUCACUUCUCUGACAUGGAGAGAUCAGGGUCACCAGUUCUUUGUAGGGACAAACAAGUGCCAGAUUUACCGAGUUGACUACACUGCAUUUAAAGAGGAGCUGAUCGCCAACUGUCACAACGCAGUCGUCGACGACGUCGUUUUUGCCCUGGGAACUUCUGACCUGUUUGCUACCUGCUCCAAAAAUGAAAUUCGGGUGUGGCACACCCCAGAGCACAGGGAGCUCCUGCAAAUCGUCACCCCCAGUGCAACCUGCCACGCCAUAGAGAUUAUGCCGGAUGGCAAGAGCAUCAUUUCAGCGUGGAAUGACGGGAAAAUCCGUGCCUUCCUGCCGGAGUCUGGACGGCCGAUGUAUGAGAUUAACUGUGCCCAUAACUUGGGAGUGACGGCAAUUGCUGCUACGAGUGACUGUAAACGGAUCAUUAGCGGAGGAGUUGAAGGGCAGGUGAGGGUCUGGGAGAUUGGUGAAAAGACUCACAGACUGGGGGAAGUUCUGAAGGAGCACAAAUCUGCCGUGUCCUGCAUUAAGAUUAAGAAGAACGACCAAGAGUGUGUCACAACCAGUCUUGAUGGAACGUGCGUCAUCUGGGAUAUUGUGCGUUGUGUAAGAAAACAAAUUAUUCGAGCCCACACGUCGUUCAAAUGUGUGUGUUACCAUCCUGAAGAGUACCAGAUAAUCACCAGUGGAACAGACAGAAAGAUUGGAUACUGGGAAGUGUUGGAUGGCUCUGCAGUCAGAGAAGUGGAAGGGUCUGCAUCAGGCUCCAUCAAUGGGAUGGACAUCACGUCAGCCGGGGCAUGCUUUGUUACAGGUGGUGAUGACCGUCUGGUGAAGCUGUGGGACUAUCACGAGGGUGCGGUGACUCAUGUUGGAGUGGGACACAGUGGCAACAUCACCCGUCUCAAGAUCUGCCCUGGGAACAAGUACAUUGUGAGCGUGAGUGCAGACGGCGCCAUCCUGCUCUGGAAAUACCCAGCCUUGCGCUAA